CUCUAUAUCGUUCGAUCUUUUAUCGCGCGAAGUGUCAAAAAAUGAACGUCGGUAACCAAAAUUUCGAGAGUAGAGUAUGCGUUUCUUUAAAUUAUUCAAGGAUGCCACCAAAAAAAAAUGUCAGUGGUAAAGCUGGAAAAUCCAAAGGUUCCGAAGAAAGUGGGAAAGGAGAUAAAGCUGAAAAAAAAAGUGGAACUACUGUAAAAGUUAGGCACAUAUUAUGUGAGAAACAAUCCAAGAUAUUAGAGGCUAUGGAAAAAUUAAAGGCUGGACAAAAAUUUAAUGAAGUGGCAGCAGCAUACAGCGAAGACAAAGCGCGUUCUGGGGGGGAUCUUGGUUGGAUGACACGUGGUUCAAUGGUCGGUCCUUUUCAAGAAGCAGCUUUUGCAUUGCCUAUUUCCAAUUUAAGUUCACCCAUUUAUACAGAUCCACCAGUUAAAACGAAAUUUGGUUAUCAUAUAAUCAUGAUCGAAGAUAUUCAUUUUAAAAUAAACUUCAGAAUUUAUUUGCCAGUCACUUACCCGCCACUCUCAGACCAAUCGUUUUGAUUGCGAUCG